GGUGAAGACGCAGAAUUGACCGGCGGGCGGCCUGCAAUUCUGUUCCUUGUUCGAUUAAGUUAUAAAAAUCAAUAAGGCAACGCCAGCCUCGUUUUCCAACCAAAACUUCCAAAACCCAUUCUACGACGUCGUUUUUUUUUCACCUUCCGUUUUUUCCCCUUUGUUUCAUGCCAUUCGCAACGGUUAAAGAGCGAGAGUGACUGAGAGCGGUCGAUCGAUCGAUCGAGAGAGAGAGAGAGAAAGAGAGAGCCCGAUCUUCCUCUAUCGAUCUCUGCUCUUUCCUCUCCGCUUUCCAGAUUCGCCGCAUUUUGCAAUUCCUAAAGAAAUCCAAAAUCGAAAUCGCGUUCCGUUGGCUCUCGAUUCCCACGCUCCACGUUCACGAUUUUGAUUGAGAUGAAACUUGAAAGGGCUUGAUAGUCAACAAGGGAAGAGAAAAUGCUGAUGCCCAGGUUCAUGGGAAAGUGCUUCUGUUUUGGGCAAUGGCUGCAAUGAUUACUGCCUUUGCAUUGUAAAUUUGGUCAUCUUUCAUGAUGUGGAGUUUUGCAUCAAAUGCCCUUACAAGCAUUGGAUUGAAAAGAGGCUCCAAACAGCCAAGUCAAACUUCUGCUGAAUGCUCAGAUGAUGAGGUCUGCUCUAAUGCCAGCAGAGACGAAGGGCUGGAAUGCCCAAUAUGUUGGGAAUCUUUCAACAUAGUUGAGAAUGUGCCCUACGUCUUAUGGUGUGGCCACACCCUCUGUAAAAAUUGCAUCCUAGGACUGCAAUGGGCAGUGGUGAAAUUUCCUACUCAGCAAAUCAAGAUUCCAUUCUUCAUUUCUUGUCCAUGGUGCCACCUGUUAUCAUUCCGGAUCAUUUACAAGGGGAAUCUUAAAUAUCCUUGCAAGAACUUCUUCCUUCUCUGGAUGGUUGAGAGCCUGAAUGGUGAUAGGCAUAAAGUCUUUUCCACUUGCACAGACAACCAACCAAUCUGGUCUCCCAAGUGCAACCUUCUGGGAAGCCAAGUUACUAAUUGUAACCUAAGAAGGGCCUCAGUAAGUCCUUGUUCUAGAUUGUUGGGAUCUAACCGCGAUGUUCGUGACAAUGAUGGAGAAACACACCACUUUUCCCUUCAUAAAUCCCUCGAUUUCUUCCUUCACUUUACAUCCAAGUUCCCAUUGGUUGUCAUUUUCCUUCUGAUUGCCCUUUUCUUAGUUCCCUGCAGUGCUGUUAUUCUAGUCCUAUACUUUCUAGUCACUAUUGUUUUUGCUAUACCAUCAUUCCUCGUCUUGUACUUUGCAUACCCUACGAUCCAGAGGCUGGUAAGAGAAAUAACAUCUUAAGAUAUAUAUAGCCUUCAGCAGACUGUUACAUCAUGUCAAUCCGACUUCAGCAAAGAGCAAUAUAUAUCUUUGGAUUGAUUGUUGUACUUUGGUAAUUUCUUUCUUUGUUACUUUUAGGUUUUGUAUUCUUAUGGUUCUAUAUCUUUUGUAAUUUUUGUGCAACUUUCGUAUCAACUUUAAGUUGAAAAUCUUGAGAGGAACUUUAUUUUUUAGCAGUUGUAUUUUUAUUAUUAAUUUCCUUUUUUUUUCUUUUUCUUAAGUGUGUAAUUAUAUUUUGUACAGAGAACAAGGUUCACUUGCCGAAAAGUUGAUGUAUUCGAAUGACUAUGGCUAUGUGAUCCUUAUAGAAAAUGUUUCAUGCAAUAUCUAAGUCCGGGGCUUGAUUUGUACCUGAGAUUUAAAAUGU